AUGCGCGGUGGGACGCGCGGGCGGGGGGGUGGGGGGUCGACGAGGACGUCGGCGCCGUGUUGGAUCCGGCCGCCGGGGACGCGAUUCAUCGUGGACGGAUUCGAGUGGGAUUUGGGGCGCGGCGGGGCGUGUGAGACGUGGUUUUUGACGCACUUCCACGCGGAUCACCAUCGCGGGCUGACGAAGACGUUCGAUAAGGGGAUCAUUUACGGCACGAAGGAAACCUUGGAGCUGGUGCGGAUGAAAAUCCAGGUGCCGGCUUUGAGGCUCCGCGCGCUCGAAAUCGGGGUUCCGGCGCGCGUAGACGGCGUUCAGGUGACAUUUAUAGACGCCAAUCACUGUCCAGGGGCGGUAAUGAUCUUGUUUGAGUUCCCGGAGCGCCCGGACGCGUCGCCCGUGUUGCACACCGGCGACUUUCGAUUCUCCGCGCGCCUCGCGAGGGACGAAACGCUCGUGAGAAUCGCGGCGUCGCCGAAGAGACCGAUAUUGAUCCUGGACACGACGUAUUGCUCGCUCGAGCACGAUGCGUUUCCAACGCAAGAGUAUGUUCUGAACGCGGUGCGCGAAGCGUUGACGCACGAGGAUAAUCUCGACGGCGCGCGGAAAUUAUUCUUGUUCGGCACGUACACCGUCGGUAAGGAAAAGGUCUUCUUCGAAGCGGCGCGAACGCUCGGACGAAAGGUGUACGUCGGAGCGGCGAAACGGAGUGUGUUAGACGCUCUCUCUCUCACUCGCGACGAGCGCGAGGCGUUGACGCGCGACGACAAGCGGACGAAUUUACACGUCGUCCCCAUGGGAUCGACGAGUUUCUCCAAGAUGGCGUCCAUUCUCAAGUACUACAAGUCGAGGUUCGACACCGUCGUCGCGUUUCGCCCGACGGGAUGGACGUUCAGCGCGAAUAAGAAAACAUCGCGCGCGUCCUCUCGCCGUCAGCGCGGAAGACUCGUACAGUACGGAUUACCGUACUCCGAGCACUCGAGUCUGAGCGAGCUUCGCGCGUUCAUUCGAUUCAUCAACCCGAGGUCGAUUUUUCCGCACGUCGGCAACGACGGUGGGGAAAAGCUGAAUGAUAUGCUCAAGCUUCUGCGCGCGAGUGACGAGGAGUACGCCGCGAUGCGCGAGGAGUACACGGCAUCGAUGCCGACGUAG